GGUCUCCAGGGCAGCACUGACGAGGAGUGCUGCGAACAGAAGUUCUGCACUGCUUGGACCUGCAGUGACAAGACGAAGUGGGUCCACAAAUCGGCCCAGCACGGCAAGACAAACCUCGACCGCCGUGGCUUCUCCGAUGAGGAAUGCUGCGACGAGAAGUAUUGCUUGGCGGAGAUCUGCGACCCUGCCACCCAGUGGAAAGGAAAAGAAGGCCUGGACAAGAUCCAGGGCAGCACCCAUGAGCAGUGCUGUGAGAAGAUCUUCUGCGACGACUUCGUGUGUGACACUGAUGUCAACGGCACUGGUGUCGGCACACAGUGGUACAAGCGCGUGGACACGAACACCUACAAGUGGCAGGGAAGCACCAACGAGGAGUGCUGCAUGCCCAUCUACUGCAGCCAGUACACCACCAGCCAUCCUACCCGCUGGGUGAG